CACCCCCUCCUCCCCAGUCUCCACCAAGCUCCCGCUCCCACUCGCCUCCUCCGCUGCCUUCGCUUCGCCGCCGGCCGCCGCGCGACCCUCCCCCGCCGCUCCGGGCUCCGCCUCCGCCGCCGCUGCAGAAGCUAGGGUUUCCGGCGCCGGGCGCCGGGGUAUGAGCAGCAGCCGCCGCCCCGCAGGAUCUAGGGUUCCGACGAUUCCGCUCACGGAUGGAGGGUGGUAGAAGGGCGGGCGAAUCCCUCUCGUUAUACACCCAUGGAUCAUGACGAUACUGAUUUUCAGAGUCAAAAUUUUCAACUAGCUGGCGAAGACAAUAACAGGUUCCCUUCAGGUUUGCGACCAUUUGCUCUGCCAAAACUUGAUAUUGAGGAUCAACUACAAGGUCAUCUUCGAUUUGAUAAUUUGAUAGAUUCAGAAGUGUUUUUCAGCGUGCAAGGGCACGAGAGUAAUUGGAUUGAGGUUUUGUCCACUGGAAGCACUGUUGUUGAUUUUAGUUCUAGUGCUGCGGAAUCUUGCUCCAUAUCGAAAACUAAUAAUGUCUGGUCAGAGGCAACAUCCACUGAAUCUGUGGAAAUGUUAUUGAAAUCAGUAGGAGAAAAUGAGACAACUGGUAAUAUGGACAGUAAUGCACACCUUCAGUUAAGUGGUAUGGACAGUCAGACUGAUCCAUCGAACGUGCAUCCUAAAUCCAUGAACUCUCCGACAGAUAGUACUGUAGUGCCAGCUAAGAAAGAUCAGUCUCAGAGCACCGAUUCUAGAAUGACUGAUGAUCCUGAUCGUUCUCAGAGCAUUCAUUCUAGAAUGGCCGCUGACCCUUCAAACACUGAGCCUCAGAUUGAGCAUUUUGCUCCUUUCUUGAUGAACAAGGAAACUGAGCAGGCAGCAGGUUCUGUUGCUGAGAAGUGCAUUGCAAGUGAGAAGUUGUCCUCUUCAAACAACACAUCAGGAAGCUGUCCAGGUGUUGGCAACUAUUUUGAAGCAGUUCAUCAUGACCAUUCUCUGGACAAACUCAGUGUACCCUCUGCCGAAGUAGAUUCUAGAAACUUGAAUAAUGAACCUUUCACAGAGUUGGCUCCCCUUCAGAACAUAUAUGUCAAUGACUCAUAUCACUUUGAACAAGAUGAUAAAGAAUCAGAGGUUGAUGUUACUCAGGAUUCAAAGAUUUGUCAUAUUAAUGAAAGUAAAGUUGAAGGAGGACUACCUGAACUGCAAAGUUUGUCAUGCGCUGGUCAGUCUUUGGGGGCUGUGAACUUGUCCAGUCAAGUUAGCAGUGAAACUCUAUUGUCAGAAAGUUCUGAUGGAUUGCUAGAGGCCAUUACAAAUCCAGUUAAGCUGCACAGGAGUGAUACUACUUGCAAUAGAGUCGACAACACCCUUCAACCAUCUUUUUCCCCAGUGCAACAUGGAACUGAAGGUCUGAAUACUUCAAUUGACAGGAGCAAUGAACUCAACGCCAACGAGUUUGGCAUUGGUUCAAAUUCUGCUCUAUCUCACCUAUCUGAGGCAGACUCACGGAAUUCUAAUCCUCAUCUUGUCAGUUCUCUGUCUCCCAAAAGUAAGGUCGCUGAUACCACUGGUGUUCCUGAAGAAACAAAGAAUGCUGGAGCCAGUAGUACGAACAUCAGCUGUACUGGUGAUGAAUCAAAACUUGGAGUGUUGGAGCACCAUCAAGAUUCUGUUGAUAACCUAAAAAGUGGUGCCAUGGAAGAAAAGACAAAUGGGGAGGAAAUACCUGCAGUUUCAGGAACUAUUGAGCAAACGGUGGAAAAUGACCAUGAAGAAAAUGCUACCGGUGCUACAGGUACAUCAAAGGAUAAGGUUAACUCUUCUGACAGUAUUGCACCUGAAAACUUUCCAGCUGACACUUUCAAUGCUUCAGAGGAUCCAAACAUUCCCUCGAUAAAUCAUGAGACAUUCAAGGAACGUGACACUCCUGCUUUAGUAGAGGAGCCUGAAAACAUGCAUUUGGACCUCUCUACUUCUGGGCCUCAAGAGAAAAUGUCAGCUCCAGCGAUCAGUUCAAGCAGUGGUAUCACUUCUACCACUGUUACCGACACUUUCGGUACAUCAGAGGAUAAAAAUGGCUGUUCACUAGAUGUUUCUGUUGAUGAUUCUUCUGCUUUACCAGAUGAGAAGGACUUGAAAGUGUCCACUAUGAAUCAUGAGGGCCCAUUCAAAGAAGGUGCUAAAUCUGCUUUAGAAGAUGAAGACCACAAUGUUACUCCUGGCUCAGAACCAGGUGGGAUGUCAGCUGUGCCUGAGGACUCAAACAUUGACGUUUAUAGUAGUACUGUUUCUGCUACAGAAAAGGAGGAAUACAAGAAGGCUAGUUCUUUGGGUGGUUUGACCACAGAAGAAACUCAGGAUAAAUCAGGUAACCAUCCAGAUGCUUCUUCACAGAAAUGCCAGACUGAUAGAUCUUCGAUACAAUGUGAACAUCACAUAGAUCAAGCUACACCACCCUCAUUAGGCAUCUCAACUGGCAAAGUUGUUGAAAAGAUUGUAGAAACUCCACUAAAUACAAGCGACGAUUUGAAUGCACAUGUGCAAGAUACAGUGUUAAAUCAUGGUACAGAUCAUAGUCCUGGUACUGUUCCAUCCCAAGGCAAGGUAGGCUCAAGCAUACUCGAACCUGGCAAUGGUACUGAAAUCUGCACCGGUACUACAUGUGGCUCCCCUUCAGGCGCUGAACCCUCUCUACAAGGUGGUGGACAGGGCAGCAAUGCAUUACUUCCUAAUACACUUGAUGGACAAUCUGGGGAUCCAAAAGAUUGUGAAGCCUCAGCUGAUGCUGCUCAAAGCUCAAAACAAUGUUCUACCAGAAAUGUAGGAUGUGCUCCUGAUUCUCAGGAGACUAAUCCAGCAGGAGGCGACAGAAGCUUCUCAUUUGAGGUGGGAGCUCCACCAAAUGUAUCUGAGAAAGCUCAUAGCCCUGUUUGGAGCCCUUUUCCUAGAUACAAAGCUUCUCAGAGUACCGAGAUAACCAGUGAAAAUCUUCAACCUGGAAGUCCUGGAAGCUCAUUGAAGAUAACCACAGAAAAUCCUCAACCUGGAAGUUCAUUGAAGAGUAAGAAAACAUCUAUUGUAAAGUCUGGUAAAGAACAGCUGUCAGAAAGGAAAGUGGCUGAAAGUGCUGGGGGGCCCUCAGACAACUCUAAUAUUGGCAGUAGCACUAAGAAUAAAAGUUCCCCACCAGCACAGUCACAACAGCAUCCAACCCCCGAGUGCUCUGUUUCCUAUGCAGAUUUGGUGAACCUUCCAUUCACAGACCCACAGCAUUUGCAGCUACGUGCACAGAUAUUUGUUUAUGGAGCUCUUAUUCAAGGAACACCACCAGGAGAGGCUUACAUGAUGGCAGCUUUCGGAGAACCUGGUGGUGGUAAACCUACAUGGGAGGCAGCUUGGCGAGCUGCUGUUGUAAGAUUUCAGUACCAAAAAUCAAUUUCUACUGGUUUAGAGACCCCCACAAGUUCACGUAUAGGUAGUUCUGUGCCUGAAAAAGGUAAUAAGGGUACGGCAGUUAGAACUGCGCCAGCUAGCAAAAAAGGUGGCAAAACUGUGGUGCCAGCACAUUCUUCUGUAACCCUGCAGUCUCCAACUUUUAAUGUGCCUCUUGGUAGUUCUACGUUUAACCUGCAGCGAGGUACUCAUCUGGAUUUUAGCCAGGCAGUAUCACCAUUUACAUAUAAUUCACACAUGAGGCAGCCGUCUCCUGGUGUUGCUCCCUGGUAUCCUCAGAGCCCUGGUCCACGUCCUGCUCCCUGGCUGAUUCCAUCACAGAACUUAAUAUUCGAUUCAUCGGUGCAACCGACUGUUCCUACCAAUGAAACUGCAAAGGGGGCGUCAUCCAAAAAUAUAUCCAUUUCACACGCUGUUUCGCCUGGUUUAGUUGUUCCUAGUCCAGCACCUUCUAUUGUUUCUUCUCCAACAGCUGUUUUGAAUGAUGAAAAACAGAAGGCGCCAGCUUCUAGCUCUAAGCAUGAAACUGCAUCACGAAAGCCAAGAAAAAGAAAGAAAGCUUCAGCAAGUCUAGAACAGCAGCCCGUCAUUGCUUCCCCUCAGCUCAAAACAGACAUGAUGUUAACUCCUGAAACCAAGCACACAGAAGGAUUCACCUUAUCUACUCAUCCUCCAAGUAAUGCUUUGGGUAGUAGGGUUGUUCCUAACACAAGCCAGAUCCCCUCUGUAGCUAACUACCAGAUAACGGGUGGUAUGGAUAGUGAACAAAGAAUUAUCUUUUCAGAACAGAUCUGCGGUGCAAUAGAACAAUCAACUGGACAAGCCAAAGGUGCAAGUAUGCACUCAAUGGAGGCAGUUAGGCACAAAGAAGGCAUAUGGAGCCAUCUAUCCACAAUCUCAAUAAGCAAUUUACCUCGAGAAGUUGAAGAGAAGCUUACCUCAGCUGCUGCUGCUGCUGAAGCGGCAGUAUCUGUUGCAAAGGCAGCUGCAGAAGCUGCCAAGAUGGCAUCAGAGGCUGCAUUACAGGCUAAAAUGAUGGCAGAGGAAGCACUUAACUCUUCUUCAUCUCUAAAGUCUGUGCAUCAUGAAGCUAGCGAAUUUUAUGUCAGUAGCAAUCCACCUAGCUUGUCAAGUUCAACACCAGCAUCAUCUCUAAAACUAAAGAACACCCAUGCUCCAGGUUCCAUCAUUUCAGUGGCACGGGAAGCUGCUAGAAAGAGGGUUGAAGAGGCAUCAGCAGCGGCAAAACGAGCAGAAAACUUGGAUGCCAUACUGAAAGCAGCAGAGCUUACUGCGGAGGCUGUGUUCAGAGCCGGUACUAUUAUUGGAAUGGGUGAACCACUACCUUUUACUCUAAGGGAGCUCUUGGAAGCUGGCCCGGAUGGCUACUGGAAGUCCGAGAGAGUGAGGAAUAAAACUGGAAGCAGUAAUGUUAAUCCAGUAACAGAAACCUUGGAGGUAUAUGCACCUGCUAAUUUAAGUAAACCUGGCAGAAAGCGUGGUCGGAAACCUAAAUAUGAUCAAGCACAACUGAAUUUGGAGCCAUCUUCAAGUGGCAAAGAAUUGCAGCUGGAAGAAAUACACUCAGGACAUGGGGUUGAAGAUGUUCCCACCGCUGUGCCACUGGAUGGUAACCGAAAUGAUACAGCACCAAUUAGCAUUAUCUGGAAUGGCAUUGAAAAAGGAUCUGCUGUUGAGGUUUUAUCUGACAAGGGUGGGUUUGGAGUAGCUUGGUUUUCUGCCAAGGUUGUUGAUAUAAAUGAAAAUAAUGCGUUUGUCAGCUAUGACAACCACAAUGGAACUGGUCCACGCGAAGAAUGGGUGCCAUUGAGACAAGAUGGUGAUAAGCCGCCUCAAAUACGUCUUGCUCAUCCGUCUACCUUCUCUAAAUUCAAAACCAGGAAAAGGCGCAGGGAAACAGCAGGAAGUUGUUUAUGGGUUAUUGGAGAUCAUGUAGAUGCUUGGGUCAAAGAUAGCAGUUGGCGAGAGGGAGUUAUUGCUCAGAAUUAUGAGGCAAAUGAGACAAAGUAUGUUGUACAUUUUUCAGUUGGAGGUGGUGGCGAGUCGUUAGUUGUCGAUGGUUGGAGUCUUCGUCCAUCACGUGUUUGGAAAGAUGGUCAAUGGACAGAGUGGUCCCGAGCAAGAGAAAGGAAAUCUAAAUCCAAUAAGGGUGAUUCGCCUCUUGAGAAACGCCAAAGGACAGACCUGCUUCAAGCAGGCAGUGAUCUAUCUAUUGUUGGCGAAGCAGGGGGUCCUUCGAAGGACAAGAAUACCAAUGCAAAAAAGCCGGAGGAGCUAAAGCCAUUGCCUUUGUCUCAGAGGGACAUGGUUUUCAACAUUGGGAAGAGUGUAGCUGAGAAUAAAUCUGAUGCUCUUGCAUUCAAACGGCCUGGAUUACAGAAAGAAGGAUCGAAGGUCGUCUAUGGUGUUCCAAAGCAUGGAAAGAAGAAGAAGUUUAUGGAAGUAAGCAAACAUUAUGAUGCAGGCCAAUCUGACAAGAUUUCCGAGGGCAAUGCAUCUAGCAGGCUUGCGAAACAUUCUAUGCCACAAUUGCCAAGACCGCGUGAAAAUACUUCUAAAGUUGAUCAUAAUAGAGGAAGGAGGGUAGGUGAGAUGAGGUCUAGAUUACCUAAACCUACAAAGUCUCAGAAUGUUGCAGCUAACAGCGUUCCUGACAAGGGUUCCUUGCCCAUAUCUGUUCCAAAUCCUGGUGUUUCUGAAAGGACUUCUACUUUUGCGGGAAGUACAACAAGCACUUCCAACACUGAGAAGCCCACUAUAGAAAAAAAUAAUUCUGUGCUGGGCACGGGCCUUAGAACUGAAGUUCCUUCUGUUUCUGAGAUGCAAGCUGCAUCUACCGUUCCUACUUCCAAGCAGAAUGUACCCGUUAAUAAUCGAGCUAAAAGGAAAUAUGUUCCUACUGUGGGUAACGUGAACAGAGGUGUACCUAGAACCUCUGAAAGGACUAGUUCUGAUUCUGGUGAGCCCCAAAGGACUAGUUCAGAUUCUGCUGAACCCAGACGAUCUAACCGGCGAAUUCAACCAACUUCAAGGUUACUAGAGGGUUUGCAAAGUUCCCUCAUAAUCUCCAAAGUUCCUAGCGAGAAGGCUCCUAGGAGCAAUUACAGAAGUGCUUCGUCGAGAGGGAGAGGUCAUGGCUGAGAAAAGGCACGACAGCACUGUUUCUAAUGGGACAGCUCUCCUCGUUGUACAUAGAUGCAGCCAUCCAGUAUGGAAGCCGAAGGAUAGGAUUGGAGUAGAAGCUUUUAUUGGAGCACAAGGAUUCAGAUGUAUUAUAAACUAGCUCAUUCUGCCUCCCUUUUCUUUUGCUUGCUUGAAUCAGACAUAACUCUUCCGUGUUCUAGAAUAGCAAUUAAUCUCGUAGUAACCUCCUAGUUUGUGUGGUGUGGAUACGCCGGGAAAGAAAUUGGGCGUGCCUUAAAUUUAUCCGACAGUUUACUGUAUCCUGUUUGGCCGUGA